AAAGUCUCUGCCAGGAUUCAUGCUCACAUGUUACUUCCUGUAUGGAGGCAUGGCCAGUUUCCAGCCCCGCGCUCUCGGUUCCUCCCCAGCCUGCGCCGGAGCCACAACUUUCAGGAGCAUGGACUGAAGGCGCCCUCGCCCCGGCGCCCCUCUGAGAUCCUUUGUGUUUCUCUGCGCUCCUCCGGCCGUUUCUGUUCUGGGGGGCUCUGCGCUCCGCCCCGCCGCUUCCCUCCCUUUCCCCGCUCGCAGACAUGCCUCCUUCCUUGCCGGGGCCCUGGAAGGAGCUGCCCGCCUGAAGCCCGGAGCCGCCGUGCAGCGCACAGCCCCGCCGUCGCCCGCCGGUUCUCGGGCUGCGCUGCGCUGCCGACUCAACUUGGGGCUCUUCCGCUGCUCGCCGCCGCCACCCGCGGUCCCUGCCUGCCCCGGGCCCCGGGCGCUGCCGCCGUGCGCCUUCUCCUCGCCCUGCCCGACCGGCUGAAUCGUGUUUGAGCAGAAAGCCGCCCUUCUCUUCCGAGAGGAUCGUCCCUAGAGUGGCUUUGCAUCCCCGGUCACUUUUUGAGGUUUUCCUGGGGACGCUUGGCAGCAUCCAGGAUUCCUGCGGGACCGGUCGCCUAGCGUGGGGAGCCUGUGUGGUGGCGGGCGAGCCGAGAAAGCCUUCUGGUUUAGCGGAGCCUCACUCGGAAGCAAGAACUUAUUCAACAAGUUUACCCCCCUGCUUUUCUCCUUUUCGAUGUGCGUUUUCGGACAUGCGGAGGUUACUGGAACCGUGUUGGUGGAUUUUGUUCCUGAAAAUCACCAGUUCUGUGCUCCAUUAUGUGGUGUGCUUCCCGGCAUUGACUGAAGGCUAUGUGGGGGCUUUGCAGGAGAGCAGACAGGGCAGCUCGGUGCAGAUCCGCAGGCGGAAGGCGUCCGGAGACCCCUACUGGGCAUACUCGGGUGCCUAUGGUCCUGAGCACUGGGUCACCUCUAGUGCCAGCUGCCGGGGAAGCCAUCAGUCUCCUAUCGACAUUUUAGACCACCAAGCCCGUGUUGGCGAAGAAUACCAGGAGCUUCAGCUCGAUGGGUUCGACAAUGAGUCCUCUAACAAGACCUGGAUGAAGAACACAGGGAAAACAGUUGCCAUCCUUCUGAAAGAUGAUUAUUUCGUGAGUGGCGCUGGUCUGCCUGGCAGAUUCAAAGCUGAGAAGGUGGAGUUUCAUUGGGGCCACAGCAAUGGCUCCGCUGGCUCAGAGCACAGUGUCAACGGCCGGAGGUUUCCUGUGGAGAUGCAGAUUUUCUUCUACAAUCCAGAUGACUUUGACAGCUUCCAGACGGCAAUCUCAGAAAACAGAAUAAUUGGAGCCAUGGCCAUAUUUUUUCAAGUCAGUCCGAGGGACAAUUCCGCACUGGAUCCUAUUAUCCACGGGUUGAAGGGCGUCGUCCAUCACGAGAAGGAGACCUUCCUGGAUCCUUUUGUCCUCCGAGACCUCCUGCCCGCAUCCCUGGGCAGCUACUACCGGUACACAGGCUCCUUGACCACACCUCCAUGUAGUGAGAUCGUGGAGUGGAUUGUCUUCAGUAGGCCUGUUCCCAUCUCCUACCACCAGCUUGAGGCUUUUUAUUCCAUCUUCACGACGGAGCAGCAAGACCAUGUCAAGUCAGUGGAGUACCUGAGAAACAACUUCCGGCCACAGCAGGACCUGAAUGACAGAGUGGUGUCCAAGUCUGCCGUCCGAGAUGCCUGGAACCAUGACCUAUCUGACUUCCUGGACAACCCACUAGGGACAGAAGCCUCUAAAGUCUGCAGCUCUCCACCCAUCCACAUGAAGGUGCAGCCUCUGAACCAGACAGCGCUGCAGGUGUCCUGGAGCCAGCCAGAAACCAUCUACCACCCGCCCAUCAUGAAUUACAUGAUCUCCUAUAGCUGGACCAGGAAUGAGGAUGAGAAAGAGAAGACUUUCACUAAGGACAGUGACAAGGACUUGAAGGCCACCAUUAGCCAUGUGUCACCUGAUAGCCUUUACCUGUUCCGAGUACAGGCCGUGUGUCGGAAUGACAUGCGCAGUGACUUCAGUCAGACGAUGCUCUUUCAAGCUAAUACUACCAGAAUAUUCCAAGGGACCAGGAUUGUGAAAACAGGCGUGCCGACAGCCUCUCCUGCCUCUUCAGCGGACAUGGCCCCCAUCAGCUCCGGCUCUUCUACUUGGACAUCCUCCGGCAUCCCCUUCUCAUUUGUUUCCAUGGCAACUGGGAUGGGUCCUUCCUCCAGUGGCAGCCAGGCUACCGUGGCCUCUGUGGUUACCAGCACGCUUUUAGCAGGCCUGGGCUUCGGUGGUGGUGGCAUCUCCUCCUUCCCCAGUACCGUGUGGCCCACACGCCUUCCUACUGCAGCAGCGGCCAGCAAGCAGGCGGGGAGGCCGGUCCUUGCCACUACUGAGGCCUUAGCUUCUCCUGGGCCUGAUGGCGACUCCGCUCCUACCAAGGACAGCGAGGGUGCGGAGGAAGGGGAGAAGGAGGAGAAAAACGAGAGUGAGGAUGGAGAGAGGGAGCACGAGGAGGAGGGGGAGAAGGACUCGGAGAGGAAAGAGAAGAGUGAGGCCACCCGUACAGCGGAGGAGAAGAACCGGACUGCUCCUGCCCCCACGCCUUCUUCCCCUCACAGGACUACAGAGGAGGGAGGACAUCAGACUAUACCUGGGCGUGGGCAGGACCACGCCGGCCCUGCAACAGACCAGCCAGGCCAUGCCGUCCCAGGCUUGGAUCCCAAUGAGGACACAGCCACCCAAGUGCCCCCAACAGCCACAGAGGAACAUUAUUCAGGGAGUGAUCCCAGGAGGCCCGAAAUGCCAUCGAAAAAACCUAUGUCCCGAGGGGACCGAUUUUCCGAGGACAGCAAAUUUAUCACUGUUAACCCAGCUGAGAAGAACACCUCCGGAAUGAUAAGCCGCCCCUCUCCGGGGAGGAUGGAGUGGAUCAUCCCCCUGAUCGUGGUCUCAGCCUUGACCUUCGUGUGCCUGGUCCUUCUCAUCGCUGUGCUUGUGUACUGGAGAGGGUGUAACAAAAUAAAGUCCAAGGGCUUUCCCAGACGUUCCCGUGAAGUGCCUUCUUCUGGGGAGAGAGGAGAGAAGGGGAGCAGAAAAUGUUUCCAGACUGCUCACUUCUAUGUGGAAGACAGCAACUCACCUCGGGUGGUCCCCAACGAAAGUAUUCCUAUUAUUCCCAUCCCGGAUGACAUGGAAGCCAUUCCUGUCAAACAGUUUGUUAAACACAUCGGCGAGCUCUAUUCUAAUAGCCAGCAUGGGUUCUCUGAAGAUUUUGAGGAAGUCCAGCGCUGUACAGCUGAUAUGAACAUCACUGCAGAACAUUCCAAUCACCCAGACAACAAGCACAAAAACAGAUAUAUCAACAUUUUAGCAUAUGAUCACAGCAGGGUGAAGUUAAGACCUUUACCAGGAAAAGACUCUAAGCACAGUGACUACAUCAACGCAAAUUACGUCGAUGGUUACAACAAAGCAAAAGCCUACAUUGCCACCCAGGGACCUCUAAAGUCUACAUUUGAAGAUUUCUGGAGGAUGAUCUGGGAACAAAAUACAGGAAUCAUCAUCAUGAUUACCAACCUCGUGGAAAAAGGAAGGAGAAAGUGUGAUCAGUAUUGGCCGAUGGAGAAUAGCGAGGAGUAUGGAAACAUCAUCGUCACCCUGAAGAGCACAAAAGUACACGCCUGCUAUACUGUCCGGCGCUUCUCAGUCAGAAACGCAAAAGUGAAAAAGGGCCAGAAGGGGAACCCCAAGGGUCGUCAGAAUGAGAGGACGGUGAUUCAGUACCACUACACACAGUGGCCUGACAUGGGAGUCCCUGAGUACACCCUCCCGGUCCUGACCUUUGUGCGGAGAUCAUCAGCAGCGCGGGUACCAGACAUGGGCCCCGUGCUGGUGCACUGCAGCGCCGGCGUGGGCAGGACAGGCACCUACAUUGUCAUAGACAGCAUGCUGCAGCAGAUAAAAGACAAAAGUACAGUCAAUGUCCUGGGAUUCCUGAAGCACAUCAGGACUCAGCGUAACUACCUCGUCCAGACUGAGGAACAGUACAUCUUCAUCCAUGAUGCCUUGUUGGAAGCCAUUCUCGGAAAGGAGACGGAAGUGUCUUCAAAUCAGCUGCACAGCUACGUGAACAGCAUCCUCAUACCCGGAGUAGGAGGGAGGACACGGCUGGAAAAGCAGUUCAAGCUCAUCACUCAGUGUAAUGCAAAAUAUGUGGAAUGCUUCAGUGCCCAGAAGGAGUGUAACAAGGAGAAGAACAGGAACUCUUCCGUCGUCCCAGCCGAGCGCGCUCGAGUGGGACUUGCACCAUUGCCCGGAAUGAAAGGAACAGAUUACAUUAAUGCUUCUUACAUCAUGGGCUACUACAGAAGCAAUGAAUUCAUUAUAACCCAGCACCCUCUGCCGCACACGACGAAAGAUUUCUGGAGGAUGAUUUGGGAUCACAACGCACAGAUCAUCGUCAUGCUGCCAGACAACCAGAGCCUGGCCGAGGACGAGUUUGUGUACUGGCCAAGUCGAGAAGAAUCCAUGAACUGUGAGGCCUUCACUGUCACCCUUAUCAGCAAAGACAGGCUGUGCCUCUCUAACGAAGAACAGAUCAUCAUCCAUGACUUUAUCCUUGAAGCUACGCAGGAUGACUAUGUACUAGAAGUUCGGCACUUUCAGUGCCCCAAGUGGCCUAACCCAGAUGCCCCCAUAAGCAGUACCUUUGAGCUGAUCAACGUCAUCAAGGAAGAGGCCUUAACCCGGGAUGGCCCCACUAUUGUCCAUGACGAGUAUGGAGCGGUUUCUGCAGGAAUGCUAUGUGCCCUUACCACCUUGUCCCAGCAGCUGGAGAACGAAAAUGCUGUGGAUGUCUUCCAGGUGGCAAAAAUGAUCAAUCUUAUGAGACCUGGAGUAUUCACAGACAUUGAACAGUACCAGUUUGUCUACAAAGCAAUGCUCAGCUUAGUCAGCACUAAAGAAAAUGGAAAUGGUCCCAUGACAGGGGACAAAAAUGGUGCUGUGCUGACCGGAGAAGAAUCAGACCCUGCCGAGAGCAUGGAGUCUCUGGUGUGACUGGAACCCCGGAAAGGGCACUUAAUUUGUAAACUUCUGAGACUUGUAAAGACAGAACUUUUUUGAGGCCUUUUUUGCCAGACUCUAGGUUAUACAAUAACCCGGUUACUUUUUUACACUGAUAAAAGUUUUGAUAUUUAUUUUUUGCCAUUUUAUGUCUUAAUGGUAUCCUAGUAAGCAUUUGCACCUGUUCAUUUCACACAGUGAACCGCAACUUUACCCAGUUUGCACUAUAUGAUCAGUGUUACUGCCUAUAACCUAAUACUACAGCAAACCCUGAUGUGACAUUCCAUGGCCACAUACAUGCUCCUCUUUAGUUCCGUGCAGUGAAGGUCUCGGUUAUGACAAGGACCCUCAGUUUUGUUAUCAUUCUAAAGCGACUGCGUUUUUUCUAGCAGGCAACGCUGUCUUUUUCUCGGUCCCCCUCUUUUUUAGGCACCGUUCAGUACUAUAUGCCUUCUGUUUUCAUGGAGUGGAUGGGCGUCGUUUCCUAUUGCAGGACCGCAGGUUAAGGGGAGCCCCCAAGAAGUCUGUUCAUGUCAGUUCCAUGUGUAAUGGUUGAGGAAUCCACUAAGAAGUGAAGAGGGCUUAAGAGUUGCUUCAUGUGAACAUCUCCUAUUAGUUACCAAGUUAUAUUCGCAGUUGAAAUGUGUCAAAAUAAAGAAUCAUUCUGUAUUACAGAUUUCACAGUA